AUGGCAGGCGUCAAUGGAGCGCAAGGUGAGCCCACCAAGGUCACCAUCCUGGGCAAAGACUCGAUAGUCGUCGAUUACGGCAUCUGGCAGAACUACAUCGCCCAGGAUCUGCUUACCAACAUUCCCUCGUCGACGUACGUCCUCAUCACCGACACCAACAUCGGCCCUCUCUAUACGCCCGUCUUCGAGCGCGCCUUCGCGUCGGCCGCGUCCUCACUCUCCUCGUCGCCGCGUCUGCUCACGUACCAAAUAUCCCCCGGCGAGACUUCCAAGUCGCGGAAUACAAAGGCGGCAGUAGAAGACUGGCUGCUGUCGCAAGGAUGUGUGCGCGACACUGUCAUAAUAGCCCUCGGCGGAGGCGUCAUUGGGGAUAUGAUAGGCUAUGUCGCGGCAACGUACAUGCGCGGCAUCAAGUUUGUCAAUGUACCCACGACAUUGCUGGCCAUGGUCGAUUCGAGCAUCGGCGGAAAGACAGCCAUUGACGUGCCUGCGGGCAAGAACUUGGUCGGCGCCUUUUGGCAGCCGGAGAGGAUUUACAUCGAUCUGCAGUUCCUCGAGUCGCUGCCCAAGAGGGAGGUCAUCAAUGGCAUGGCAGAGGUGGUCAAGACGGCGGCAAUCUGGAAUGAGGAGGAAUUUACAACACUCGAGGGCAACGCCGAUGCCAUUCUGGCUGCCAUCGACCAGAAGCCCGUCAAUGGCCGCAGGAACUUUGACAACAUUGCCACGAUACUGAAGCGCAUAGUGCUUGGAUCUGUACGCGUCAAGGCUGAAGUCGUCUCCGCCGACGAACGCGAAGGCGGACUGCGCAAUCUGCUAAACUUCGGACACUCGAUCGGUCACGCUUACGAAGCCAUCCUUACACCCCAGAUCCUCCACGGAGAAUGCGUCGCGAUAGGCAUGGUAAAGGAGGCCGAGUUGGCCAGAUACCUGGGCGUACUAGACCCCUCUGCAGUCGCGCGCUUGACAAAGUGCAUUGCGAGCUACGGACUGCCUACAUCGCUCUCAGACAAGACCGUGCGGAAACGGUCGGCCAACAAGCAUUGCCCCGUAGACGAGCUCAUCAAAAUCAUGGCUGUAGACAAAAAGAACGCAGGCAAGACCAAGAAGAUUGUGCUUUUGUCGGGAAUUGGCAGGACGUACGAGAAGAAGGCUAGCUCGGUUGAGGAUCGCGACAUCAAGAUUGCUCUAUCACCGAGCAUCUCCGUACAUCCUGGCAUUCCCUCCGACCUGAAUGUGACAUGUAGGCCUCCCGGGUCGAAGAGUAUCUCGAAUCGCGUACUGGUACUUGCCGCGCUCGGAACUGGCUCAUGUCGCAUCACCAACCUACUGCACUCGGAUGACACACAAGUCAUGCUGGACGCAUUGGCAAAGAUGCAGGGUGCCAGCUUCGCAUGGGAGAACGAUGGCAAGGAGCUAGUAGUUACAGGCAACGGCGGCAACCUCAAGGCCUCAAGUAACGAGCUUUACCUUGGUAAUGCUGGUACUGCCGCACGUUUUCUGACUUCCGUAACCGCGCUCUGCCAGCCUGUCGAAGGUGUCACAUCCACAGUUGUCACUGGUAACGCGCGCAUGAAGGAACGACCCAUUGGUCCGCUCGUCAAGUCUCUCCGCACCAUGGGCGUGGAGAUUGACUACCAAGAGAACGAAGGUAGUCUUCCGCUACGUAUCUCAGCAUGUGGUGGCUUCGGUGCCGAUUCCUUCACAGGAGAGAUUGAACUCACUGCCAACGUAUCGUCACAAUACGUAUCAUCCAUCCUCUUGAGCGCACCAUACUCCAAGAAGCCAGUAACGCUGCGCUUAGUCGGCGGCAAGGUCAUCUCUCAACCGUACAUUGACAUGACCAUUGCCAUGAUGGCUUCCUUUGGUGUGCAGGUCGAGAGGUCUGAGAAUGAUCCCAACACCUACCACAUUCCCAACAAACCAUACACCAACCCCUCUGAAUAUGAGGUGGAAAGCGAUGCUAGCUCCGCUACCUACCCUCUUGCUAUCGCAGCUAUCACAGGUACGACAUGCACGGUGCCAAACAUCGGCUCUGGCUCUCUGCAAGGUGAUGCGCGAUUCGCUGUCGAGGUCCUCAAGCCUAUGGGUUGCAAGGUGGAACAGUCCAAGACUUCCACAACCGUCACGGGUCCGCCUCGUGGUGAGUUGAAGGCCGUCAAGGAAAUCGACAUGGAACCGAUGACGGAUGCUUUCCUGACAGCAUCAGUACUAGCAGCUGUGGCAUCAUCAAAUGGCAGCACGACCACCACUCGCAUCUAUGGCAUUGCUAACCAACGUGUCAAAGAGUGCAACCGAAUUCAAGCCAUGGAAGAUGAGCUCGCCAAAUUCGGUGUCACCUGCAGGCAGUUUGAUGAUGGUAUUGAAGUUGAUGGAAAGGCUUAUGAGCUCGAAGCUCCCAAAGCUGGUAUCCACUGCUAUGAUGAUCAUCGUGUCGCCAUGAGUUUCGCUGUACUAUCAUUGGUAGCACCAGCACCUGUUCUCAUCCUUGAGAAGGAAUGUACUGGCAAGACAUGGCCUGGAUACUGGGACUCUUUGCAUCAGAUCUUCAAGACCGAGCUCUCGGGUGUAGAGCUGCCGCCGCGACCAAACGCACACAAGGCUGCAUCAAGAACUGAACAAAAGUCUAUCUUUAUCAUCGGCAUGCGCGGCGCCGGAAAGACAACCGCUGGUGGUUGGGCAGCACGCGCGCUCAACCGCCCGUUCAUUGAUCUGGACACCGCACUCGAGGAACAUGUUGGCAUGACCAUACCUGAACUGAUCAAGGCACAGGGUUGGGAAGGCUUCCGAAGCGAGGAACUGAAGAUGCUGGCGCAGACUGUCAAAGAGAAGCCCAACGGACACGUCUUUGCCUGUGGCGGUGGAAUUGUCGAGACACCAGAGGCUCGGAAAAUCCUCUUAGACUAUCAGAAGAGUGGCGGCAUCGUGCUACUUGUCACACGAGACAUCGAUGCAGUAGUCGCCUUCCUACAGAUCGAUAAGACACGCCCAGCAUAUGUAGACGAUAUCAUGGGUGUGUGGCUGCGAAGGAAGGACUGGUACACAGAGUGUAGCAACUACCGCUUCCACAGUCAGGUCGCGGGAUCUCGCGGGCUUGCUCAGACACAAGGAGAGAUUGCUCGUUUCCUGAACACCAUUACCGGUAAGGCUACCACCUUGAAGGCGCUCAGGAAGAAGAAGCACUCUUUCUUCGUUUGCUUAUCUGCGCCCCGGCUUGAGUCUUACAUCAAGACGCUGCCAGAAAUAGUUGUCGGAUCCGAUGCUGUGGAGCUUAGGGUCGACUUGUUAGAGGACCCUGAAGGUCAAGAAGGCCUGCCCACACCAGAGUUCGUUAUUGAACAGUUGACGAUACUAAGGACUGUCACAUCCAUACCCGUCAUAUUCACAUUGCGCACAAAAGCUCAAGGCGGCAGAUUCCCAGAUCAGGCGUACGACGAAGCUCUUGUACUGUACCGGACAGCAUUACGACUUGGCUGUGAGUUUGUGGAUCUGGAGAUGACUAUGCCCGAAGAUAUCCUGCGCGAGGUGUCGGAGACCCGCGGAUUCUCGGAAAUCAUCGCUAGUCACCACGACCCUAAAGGCGAACUCAACUGGACAAAUGGCUCGUGGAUGCAGUACUACAACCGUGCGCUGCAGUACGGUACUGUCAUCAAACUUGUUGGCGUCGCUAGCUCCCUUCAGGACAACUUUGCGCUUGCGGAUUUCAAGAGUUGGGCAAACACUGCGCAUCCCGUUCCUCUAAUCGCCAUCAAUAUGGGUGAGCAUGGAAAGCUGAGCAGAAUACUCAACGGCUUUAUGACGCCUGUCUCGCAUCCACUCCUACCCUCUGCUGCCGCCCCAGGUCAGCUAUCAGCAGCGGACAUUCGCCGCGGUUUAUCUUUGAUGGCGGAAAUUCCGACAAAGAAGUUCUUCAUCCUCGGUUCACCGAUUGCGCAAAGUCCCAGCCCACGUCUACACAACAGACUGUUCCGCGAGACCGGACUCCCACACAUCUACGGUCGUCACGAGACUACUGAUGCAAGCUCCAUUCAAGACCUCAUCCGCUCGCCAGAUUUUGGUGGUGGAAGUGUCACGAUUCCUUUGAAGCAGGAUAUCGUACCCCAUCUCGAUGGCCUGGGCCCAGAAGUCGAAGCAAUCGGUGCUCUCAAUACCAUCGUCCCUGAGAUCUCAGUCGACGAAACCACUGGUGAAGAGGUCACCCGCCUCAUCGGUCGCAACACCGACUACCUAGGCAUGAUACUCAUCCUGCGUAACGCAGGUGCCCUGGGCGUCGGUUCCGCCCUUGUUAUCGGAGGCGGUGGCACAAGUCGCGCUGCCAUCUACGCACUCAAGGAAAUGGGCUACGGACCAAUCUACCUCCUCGGCCGCAAUCCCUCGAAGAUGGAGAAUUUGAAGAACGCUUUCCCCGCUGAAUACAACUUACACGUGAUCAGCUCACCGGAAGAAGUCGAAUCCAUGGAAAGCACGCCACAAGUCGCCAUCGGAACUAUUCCUGCUGACCAACCCAUUGACGCUGCUAUCCGCGAAACACUCUGCACAUUGUUUGAGAAGGGUAAGGCGAGUGUCAAGGAUGUUGAACCGGGUCCAGAGAGGAUUUUGCUGGAGAUGGCAUACAAACCGCCUGUCACAGCAUUGAUUCAGCUUGCGAUGGAUAAUGGGUGGAAGACAGUGAAUGGGUUGGAGGUGCUUGUUGGACAGGGCGUGCAUCAGUUUGAGUACUGGACUGGUGUCAAGCCGCUUUAUGGAGUUGCUAGGGAUGCUGUAAUCAACCAGACGGACUGA